CCUGAACGUUGCUGUACCAGAUUCCCUACACGGUACAUCUCAUCUCAACGACACUCCAGGCGGCUAGCAAAGCAGCACACUCAGCCCAAAGAGACCGUGACCUACACCACCGCCCCCCGGUCUUUUGCAUCACAUGUAUGCUGCUGUGGACGAACACACCGCACGACUACAUCCGUAGCCCAAUAUGCGCUGAUAGAAUUCUCGAUACGCGUCUCACCCGAUGGCGGAUGAAGCAGAUCUUUUGACCAAGGUCCACAGCCUGAGCGACCUUGAGCUCGCCGCCCUGUUGUGCUUGGUCAACCGAGAACACUGCAUCGUCAGCACUCCGCCCGUUGCCCUCAACGAACUCAUCGAGGAGCUCCAACUUAUCGCAACCAAGACGUUUGGUCUGAGUUGUGCCGUCGUGGACUGCACUCCGCAAACCACCCUAGAGGACUUCGCAUCCUCAAUCCUUACAGCCCCAUCACCCACAGCAACGAGAUCAGGCUCGCCCCUCCGCACCCGCAAUGAAGCUUCCUACUUCUUUUCCCGUUCGGGUAUCUCCCCUUUGACCUCCGUCACCGCCUCCAGCCCGACUGGCCCCGGCGGUGCGGUUAGUUCCUCCAUCGCCAACGUUGUCCUGGCGCGGAACCUCAAUCAUGCCCCCAAGGCCGUGCAGAUACAGGUCCUCGAGCUGCUCCGUACCCGCCGCAUCUUCACCCGUACCUCCGUCCAGACUGCCCCUAAGCACUUCCUCUUCGUAGCUGCUCUGGCCGCCGAGAGCGGGGGUAAGGCCCAUGUCACGCUCCAUCUGAACGACUACUUCUUUAUCGCCCACUGGCACGACCCUGACGAUGGCUUUGCCAACUUGGAUGAGGCGUAUGAGGCCACCGAUGGUGCCGAGACCGCCAGUACCGAAAGUGUGGUUAAGAAGAGCAUCAACGGGGACAUGCUGGCCGUCAGGGAGGAUCCAGUUCUGAGCGAAAGUGACAUCGCCGCACUCGCAAAGCUCAGCCGAGAGGUGAGCAUCAAUGUAGACGUGCUGCGCUACCAGAUGAACAUCGUAACGUACAUGAGGAUGCACCGCGCAGUCGCUGGCGGCAUUGAACCAGUCGCAACAAAGCACCUCGACCAGUUGCUGAAGUGUCUCGCUCCGUUGCACCGUCUAGACUACGUCACGCCUGCGCUCGUUCACUUGGCUAUUAGGAAGGUCUACCUGCAUCGAAUCCGGAUUGUGCACCCCCGCCAGGAGAGGAGCAUGCAGUGGGGCAGUCAGCUGGAAGCCAUCGAGUCCAUACUCGAAGGCAUCGGCGCCGAGGAUGUUAUUGAAGACGUGAUAGGUAUGGUGGCAGCGCCACUUUGAACACAAAUUCGAGUAGUGUACAUGGAGCAUGUUUUAUUUUGCGUCGCCAGGCUCAACCAGCCGGCAAUUCUCGACUUCCAUGGAUACCGUACAAGACAUGAAACGCCCGUCUUUUGUGGCCUGUGUAUUGAUGCAUGUUUCCGCAUCCACCACGUGUAACCUUCGUUAGACUUCAAUACAACAACUCGUAAUCGAAC